AUGAAGAGUGUGGUGCCCGAUGCAGAGAUUCUGGGGACUAGAGGGGUUUUCGAAUCUUUUGGUUAUGUGGAGCUGAUCCAGUUGCCUCUUGAUGAAACCGGUCAUUUUAAAGGUUUGGUUUUGUCCAGUUUUGAAGCCGGAGAAUCUGCUCUCAGUGCUUUCUCGGAACACUUGAAACAAAAUGGGUUAUUAUUGUACACAACGUGUGGAACACCAGCGUAUGUUGCACCUGAAGUUAUCUCUAAGAAAGGAUACGACGUAUCUAAAGCGGAUAUUUGGUCUUGUGGGGUGAUUCUUUACGUUCUUCUUGCUGGGUUUUUUACCAUUUCAAGACGAUUACUUGGUGGCAAUCUUGCUGUUGCUGGUGGAAACUGGAAUUUUAAAUUGCAAAUCUUGGACAUGAAAAGACUAAUAGAGGUUGUCGUUAAAUCUGUGAAACUCUUGUUUGGCGUCCAUCAAAACUUCACUUCAUGGGAGUGGGUGGUGGGUGGCAACGGGGUAGCUCCUUACAAUGAGAAUGUGUUGGUUGGGACUGGCGCUGGAUUUAACAUGUUUCAGAAAAAGGAAAAGGCUGAAUUGGUUGUCAAGACUGAAUAUUUUGCUGCAUGA